AUGGCGAUGCUAGUUCUUGGGGUGUUGGUGCUAGUUCUCGUGGCAGUGUUGCUGCUCGUGACGUUCGUGGCCGUCACGUGGAAGCACGAUCUGCUACCUGCGUUGCCAGCCCCUGCUUACCUAGGCACGAAGGAGUUUCACUGGCGCUGUUGGCUGCCACCACUUACGCGUUGCGGUUGGCGCACCUCCAUUCUGCGUAGCCCAUGUCCACGUAUCACGUUGCAGUGUCCCUUUGCGUUACUGUCUUCGGAUUCUGCUAAGCUCGCCACCUCGCUGAGUCUGCCGAAGCUGACACUGGAGCAACUGCCAUUCAUGUUUCCACAAGUGGCAGUUAGCAGUUUGUUCCUACAACUUCUGGGAAACUCGAACUUCCCGGUUAGCGUGCGCAACAUUCGUCUUAAAGCUCUUACUGUGGUCCAGCUGAGGCCGCUGGACAUGAGUUUUCCGUCUCAAGGCGAAGAGACGCCACCGCCACCAGAGCUCACGGUGCGUAGCGAAUGA